ACGGGUCUUCACGAACCACGAGACAUCCAUCAAAUUUCAUGGCGUCCUCUCCACAAUCCUCCUCCUCUGCACCCAAAGCCGACGACAAGGCAGCGUCCCACAAAGAAAUCUACGACCAGCUCCUAGAGGUCGUGUCCACCUACCCGACGGCGCCUAGCGGCAUCGGCCGCCCGUACACCCACCACCCAGACGGCUGGUACGCGUUCACGCCGGCCGUCGUGAACGCCAUGGUCAUCAAGCGGCACCUCAAGGCGCGCGACACCGACGUCUUCCUCGCCACCUUCCCCAAGUCCGGCACCACCUGGCUCAAGGCGCUCCUGUUCGCGACCCUCCGCCGCACCGCGGACGGGCCCGCACUCGCGCCGCUCGCAGCCCACAGCCCCCACCAGCUCAUCCCUUUCCUCGAGGUCCAGGUUUUCAGCAACGGCCAGAUCCCCGACCUGAGCUCCCUCCCCGCGCCGCGGCUCCUGAUGACGCACAUCCCGUCCCGGUCGCUGCCGGAGUCAGUCGUCGCCUCCGGCUGCAAGGUGGUGUACCUAUGCCGGGACCCCAAGGACUGCUUCGUGUCGCUCUGGCACUUCUGGAACCGGUUCGCGCCGUCGCCGUGGGACCUCGGCGAGGCGUUCCAGCACUUCUGCGACGGCGUCUCGCUGUUUGGGCCUUUCUGGGAGCACGCACUUGGCUACUGGCGCUGGCACGUGGAGAGGCCGGAGCAGGUUCUCUUCCUGACCUACGAGGAGCUCGCCGCCGACACGAUCGGCCAGCUGAGGCGCCUCGCGGAGUUUGUCGGGCGCCCGUUCACGGCAGAGGAGCGGGAAGCCAGGGUGGACAGGGAGAUCGUGGAGGCAUGCGCCAUGGAGAGCCUGGCGGGACUGGAGGUGAACCGCUCCGGGAAGACCGCCAUGAUCGAGGACUCAGUGGCGAACAACAUAUUCUUCCGGCGCGGCGUCGUUGGCGACUGGAAGAACCACCUGACGCCGGAGAUGGCGAGAAGGAUCGAUGAGAUCACCAAGAGCAAGUUCAGAGGAUCGGGUUUCGCGUUGACACCGGCAACCGCAGAUCAGAACUAGUGGGUUCAUGAUGCGAAAAUGCCUUAUGGUGGACGAGCACUCUACGAACCAUAUCCUGCCCAUCCGUUAUCCUAACUGAUCAGAUCCCUCCCGGUAUUUACGAGUUCUGUCCCCCCGAGCCUCGUCAAAGCCUGUAUCCCGGCAGCUAUAGGUAGCUAGCUUUAUUGACAAAGAAUCUAGCUGCUGGAACACACGUGAUGAGUACAGCACCAUUUCAAUUUA